ACAAGAUAACCAACAUGGCGGCCUCCUGUUCGAUAGUGUGCUGCGAGGAAGAUAAAGACUCAGAAAAAGCAGUUAUAUUUCGAUUUUCCAACGGCAGCGUCCGAAAUGCCGAGAAACUGGACUUCACGAUGUACACGAGUGCAGAUAAGGUCAACCCGAGGAAAAAAACGAGGCGGAUACUGGUGGCCGAAUCAAAAAGGUUGUCCUAUGUUGGACAAAAUUUCGGAACAGAAGCCCUUAAAUGCAACAGUCUUUGCAACUAUUAUGUUGGCGUAUUGAACAAGCAGACCAUGCAAAUGGAACUGCACAGUGCCCAGCUUUUCAACUUGCAACCCGUUAUACCAGGAGAAAACACAGUGGUGGAUAAUAACGAGACAACUGAAACAUACAGAGAAAAGGUUGACUCUCUGAUUGAGGCGUUUGGUACCAACAAACAGAAGAAAGCUCUGAACUCUCGCAGGCUGAACAUGGUGGACCACCACAUGUUGCACCAGGCGGUCGUGAAGGCUGCCAACACGGUCAUCGAUGAGAAGGGUCUGCAUGCUCUGCAACAGGAAGCUGCCGAGAUGGAGUCGCAGGCAGAUUUUGCUCGCCACCUUCCUCCGUGUGACGCGCAUGCAGACACGCUUGAGAAUGUCUACCCGUUGGAGAACCUACUCAGUCCAGUGGACUUCAAGGCCUUGGAGGAGGCCGGUUCCAAGAUGGCGGCGCUCACUGCUGAAGAGCUGCAGACGAUGAGAGAGAGCGGAGGGGUUCUGUGCGUAGUGAAGCACCUGGAGAACCUGCCCGGUGACGACGAAGCCCGAGAGAAGAUGGCGCGCUGCGCUUUCUACCUUUCCAUGCUUCUCAAACUGUCGCGCCAGAAGAGCCUCAGCCACAAGUUUGGCAUGAAGGAAGGCUGCCCUCGCAUUGUGCAAAACACACUAUUCAGGACAUUCACAGUGGAGACUUUCACCAAUGGCAGGCUCCAGAACAUGGUGUCUACUUCAAUGCGUGUCAAAUUAGCAGCAUACUGCCUGGCUCUGCUGCUCCAUAUGGGUGACAUGACUGCUGACCUCACAUUACUGCAUCAGGACAUGGCACUCAGCGAGGCCAGGAUAGUUGAAGUUGCAAAGUCGAUGGGGUUGACCCUGGCGAAGCCCCCCCGUGGAAAGAACGUUGUGGCUGGCCUGCAUGAUGAACGCAAAAAGGCUUCCCUCAUCCUCCCUCUUGUCAAAUAUGACGCAUUUGUGGAGAGACGCAAACGCAAGAAGAUGCAUUAAGGACCCACAGAGGCGAAUAGAAGAACUGUUUAUUCAUUUCGUGAACAAAUAAAGUGGAAAUAUCAUUUCAAAUGAUACAGUUGUCGCUCUGAUGGAUGCAAAGACAAAUGUAAACGGGUUUUCGAUAACUACAUCUAAGACGUUUGAAAACGUAGAGUAGGCACAUUAGUUGACAUUACAUAUUGCACACUGAACAUCUCCUACCCUCUUUAGGUAAUUAUCACCUGGUAAGUCUGUGGCAAAAAUUCAAAGAAUUUGAUUUGGUUGCAGUGGCACAGACUCACAAGGAGAUACGACAUUUAUCAACUCAUUCACUGCCAGCCUUCCCAGUUAACAUGGAUAUUUGACUUCUAAAGCCGUCAAUGGCAGUGGAUGUGUUAAGAGAGGCUGUCGCAAGAGCUGAGCUUUUUCUUCAUAUAAAGCUCAAGCUACCGUUACAUAAAAAGGUCAAACAAGGCACAGCUUUUCACCUUGUAGAACAUUAAAGGCAACAUUAUCUCUGACUUGUUUGGCUUUGAAAA